CUAAAGAAAUCGUGCAACGAGUUCAUUUCUGCUCUUCUUAAAAUGGAGGUUUAAAGAAAAAGGAGAGGAAUGUUAACUUCCGGUUCCGGUAGGCGGAAAUUCAAAAUAAGUUAUGAAGUGCUUUUGAUAUUCAGUCAAAAAGUCUGUUCAUGUGUAGUGAAAAAGAGUCCGGUCAGACGGUUUGGACAGUCAGCAGAUAUGGUAGUUGUAUGAAGAGCCUAAGACAAUCAUGAAUGGCUGCAUAAUCCCAGGCACACCAUUUGCUGUAGAUUACUGGAAAACCAGAGGCAGCCCAGACACCAAGUUUUAUUUUCUGUCACACAUGCAUGCGGACCAUACUUCAGGAUUGAGCCCAUCAUGGAAAAGCCCCAUCUAUUGUUCAGAAAUCUCUGGCAAACUUCUGGUUGCCAAAUUCAAUAUCCAAAAAGGUCUUGUGAAAACUCUUGAGGUAGGCCAGAGUCAUAUCAUUCCUCUGGAUGAAGAAGGCAUAGAAACUAUGACAGUGUCCCUGAUAGAUGCCAACCACUGUCCUGGAGCUGUCAUGUUUUUAUUUGUUGGAUAUUUUGGUACCAUUCUCUAUACUGGGGACUUCAGGUACACCCCCGUCAUGUUCAUAGAUACCCCUCUCUCCUCCAACCCCCCAGUGGACGUCCUUUACCUUGACAACACCUAUUGUCAUCCAAAUUGUCAAUUUUUGUCGCGAGACCAAGCAAAAUCGAAAAUUUUUCAAAUCAUCGCCGCACAUCCUGAGCAUGACAUACUCCUGGGCAUGAAUAGCCUUGGCAAGGAGGACUUGUUGGUGGAUAUCGCCAUGGAGUUUGAAACCUGGAUUGUUGUCACGCCAACAAGAUUGGAGAUGUUGAAACUGUUGGAGCUGCCUGAUGUGUUCACUGAUGACAGACAAGCAGGGAGGAUAAGACUGGCCCCAAGUCCACGUAUAUCUAAGGAGUAUCUCACAAAACUGGAUGAGUCGUACCCAACCAUAGCUAUCAUACCAACAGCAUUGUACACAGGGGUGGACUUUGACCCCUAUGCCAACAUGGACAAUGUGUUCAUUGUCCCUUACUCAGAUCAUUCUGCUUAUCCCGAACUUCACGAGUUCGUGUCCAGAGUCCGGCCAAAGUCCAUCGUGCCAAUUGUGCAGGGGUCGGCAAGAGGGAUACUUGGGUCAAGCCUGGAGGAGAGAGCGAUAUUGUCCUGUUUUGAUGAGUAUCUGGAUCCUGUGCCGCAGAAGGAAAUCAAAAUCCCUCCUUCAGUACAAAAGAUCAUGAUGAGCCGGAAUUUUGUAGAUACUGCUAUACCAGCUGUACUGAGGAGAAAAAAUAGUGGUAUUUUGCAGAGAAAAAGAGAAAGGGAUAAAAUGUGCAUUAAAGAGAGCAGGAAAGUGAAAGGAGUGGUGUUUUCAUCCCAGGAAUCACCAGACAUGAAAAGGAAAGAACCCAGAGAUCAGGCCUUGGCUGACAAUGAGGACAAAAAUAUCACGUCACAGUAUGAUAGUGACAAACUUGCAAAUUCUAAAGAAAAUGAAAAAGAUGAAAACCCGGCUAUCGGUGAUGGUUGUGACCAAGUACAUGUUGCUGUAGAGCAAAGCAAUUGUCAUCUGGAAUCCAAAAACUCAAACUUAGAUGCAAACACAACUUUUAUUACUGCAAAAUGCCCUUUGCCACACAUUAAAACUUGGCAUAAAAAAGACAAAGCAUGUCAAACAAAAGACCCCUAUUACGACAUUAACUGUGUUAUUGAGAGCCCUAGCAAUGAGGAAGCAGACAAGUAUAAUAAAGACACAACACUGAGUCCACCAGAUUUGAGUAGCAACAGUUCAGAUGUUGAAAGUGGGAUAGAAACUGACAGCUCUGAAAAUAACAGCACUAUUUCUCUCAGUGAUGACAGGAAUGUGCCAUGCUCUGACGUAGGGUCCAACAAAGCAAGUCAUUGUCCAGAGAGCAACAAAGUGGAGAAAAGUGCUUGUAUAAAACAUCACUGCACACUUGAUGUGACACCAAACAAUCCUGAUGUGACAUCAGACAGGCCUGAUGUGACACCACACCAUCCUUAUGUGACAUCACACAGUCCUGAUAUGACAUCACACAGACCUUAUGUGACAUCACAACCAUGUGAAAUACCACAGCAGGCCACAGUGAAGUCAAAAGAAAGUACAGUUGAUAAAAAGCAUCCAUCUUCUCUGACUUUCUUAGCUAAACACCACAAGAAAAAUCCUAAUUGCCAAACCAAGGAUAGAGUGUUAAAGGAAGAAAAAUGGCUCACAACUGAUGACAUGGGUCAAGGGAAAACUAAACGGCUCAGCAGUUUAAAGAUAAUUAAUCAGGCCAGAACCAAAAUGAAUCAAGUGAAUGAUCUCUGCAUUGCUGAGCAGGAGUCUCCAAGUGAGGACACCUUCAAACCAAGUAACAGCAUAACUGAGUGUGCCAAAGAGAGGCCAGCUGAAGGAGAAAGUCUUGAAUAUGACACAACAGACAGUUGUCUGGCAUUCACAACAAAGGUGCAUCAAAGUAAUGAUAAGCUCUCUCAUGUUUCAUACAUCACGCGAAAAAGAAAAGAACAGCCAACCAUUCUUCAGUUUCUCCACAGCAAUCAGAAAAGAACAAAGGUAGAAAAAGAAAUCGGUACUAAUGUCAAACCUUUGCGCACGGCAAAGCGGUCCUUGAAUUAUGAUAAAGACAUUCCGAGAAACCAUUCAGUGCAGUUAAAUACAUCUUUGCAGACGAAAACUGAAAAAAGCAGUGCAGAUACUCCAAGAAAAAAGUGUGUCAUAUCUGUCGGUGAAUCUUCAGGGGAUUACAAAGAACAUGCUGUUGAUCAUUUUCUACUUCCAAAAAGCAAAUCAGAAGCGACAGGUUCUAAAGCUAGACUAGAACAGAAUCAAAUGGGAGACGACAAAAGUUGGCUUGAUACUAGCGUACCUAAAUGGUCAAAAGCUGAUGGUGAUGGUGAUGUUGAUUUUUUCACUGUUAAUGAAUUGGGUAAAACGAACAAGAAAAAUGGCUUGACUGACUCUGAACCUGUCAUUUCUGUAAUACCACAGUCAACCAAGAUGGGAAGAAGAAGAAAGUUUCACCAAAUUCUUAAUGAGUAUUUAUAACCCAGAUGAUUUUAUUAUGCUAGUAUAUAUUUACCGACUUGAUGGACAUUGGUCAAGAUUAUUAUGUAACGCGAGGGAAAGUUUGCUUAUUCUCUGGGAAGAGUUCACAAUUAGCUCAUUGUAAAAGAAGCAAAUAAUGCAUUUUAAUAAACAUUUAGUAUUUUUGUAUGAAAA